UAGACCUACUGGAAGAAAUACUACUGUCUCUACGGUAAAAUGUGGAAACACAAAGCAAGAUCAGGGUUUACCAAACCAGACAAUACCAAACGGUACUGAACCAAAACAGACUAUUUGGUGGAAACGCCCCAAGAGUUGGGAUCAUCCGAGGAGCACGUGAAUGCAGCAUGUGAAUGCAGCAUAGGCGGAAGUAAACAGUAAACAGAGUCAAGCGAGUCAAGCUAUCACAAAUAGCUACUCGGCUAUACGAAGUUUUAGCAAGAGAGAGGGAAUCAUUCUUAAUGCGACAAUGUCCUCGGUCCAAAGUAUGAGACAGUUUGUCUGUGAUCGACUAACUGCGGCUGCUCAAGAGAUACUGGGAGCCUUUGAAAAGAAUACAGAAACGUACGAGGCGGAAAUCGCUCGUCAACGCAGACUUUUGGAGUCAAUCUUAACCCCUGAGAUAAAGUUACAUCGGGCAGAGCUCACACAGAUAUGUGUCAAUAAGGAGGAGGAGGUUCACCUAAGCAAACAGGAAGUCUGGAAUAAUGAGACAAACUCCAGUUCAAAGCCACCCGAUCCGCCACAGGUGAAAGAGGAACACGAGGAAAUGUGCGUCACUCCGCAAAAAGAGCAGCUUGCACAGCAUAGGGAGGAUGAUGCCCCUAACUCCACCCCAGCCUGUGAGGAAAGCAUCCACAGGAAACACUCUCAGCCGUCGGACCCCAACCGAAGUGCAGCAAAUAAAGAUCCACAAUGCAGUGUCUCAAACAAAGAUGUAACUUCUGAAUCUGUCGGGGAAAGUUCUACUGUUUCUGCUCCGACCAGUGACCAGCAGGUCCUGUCUCACAACUCUAGAGAAGCUGGGGUCCAAGAUCAUGUAACUUGUAUCCCUGAAUGUGUAACAACAGUUAGACACAUUGAGUCAACAUCAAACAAAAGCAGAAAUGAGGGACACACAACAUCCGCUGCAAGUGUGGAACAAUACCCAACUGUAGAGAUCAUCAUACGUCCACAACAUCAGCUCAAGGCAUAGAGCUAGGAGAUGAAAACCCAACUUUAAAAAGAGAUGAUGAGAAAACGCCAAAGAAAGAGGAAGAAGUACUGAGAACUGAGCUGACACCGAAUAUAAAACUCAGUAGUGAGAAUCAAACAUCAGCUGCAAGUACUGAAACAACACAACAUAAGAAAUGUAACAAUGGGAAUACAACAUCACAUGGAGAGUCUGAGCCAGCACAAACUAAGGCCACAUCAUCAGCCGAUGGAAGUACAACAUUGACAGUAAGUUCUGAGCUUAUAUUGAAUGAGAGCCAUAAUGUUGAGGACCCAACUUCAAGUAAAAGUACUGAAACAAUAUCAAAGAAGAAAUGUGCCGAAGAGACCACGACAUCAAAUGACAGUUCUGAGGUAAUGCCAGCCAGUAAAAGCUACAAAAGGAGCACAGCAACAGCUAAAAGUAGUGAACAAACAACAAUUAAAAAAGGCACUGAAAAGACAUCAACAACAAGUGAAGGAACUGAAAGUAAACUGAACGGGGAAAGGAAUGUUGAGAAAGGAAUAUUAAAAAGAAAGAGUAAGCCAACACUGAAGGAGAAAAGCUCCGAUGGGAGAAAAAUGUCAAGUGAAACAUUAAAGAAGAAGAGUAACGAUGAGAAGACAAGUACAACACCAGCACCUACGAAGAGACGCAAUAGUGUGAAAACUUCUUCUGUUGAAAUUGUUGAGCCAACAUCAGCCAAAAGAACAAAACAAAGCACAAAUAAGAAAAGCAGUGAUGGAAAAAGAACUUCAACAAGGACUAAGACUGCACAAAGCAAGAAACCAAAUGAUGGGAGCACGACGUCAAGCACGAGUAAAGAGUCAACAGGAAAUAAGGAAGCUAACAAUGUAGCAACAACGGCUACGAAAUCAAAGGCAUCAACCCCACCAGAGACAAGGUCUACGAAAUCAAAGGCAUCAACCCCACCAGAGACAACGUCUACGAAAUCAAAGGCAUCAACCCCACCAGAGACAACGUCUACGAAAUCAAAGGCAUCAACCCAACCAGAGACAACGUCUACGAAAUCAAAGGCAUCAACCCCACCAGAGACAACGUCUACGAAAUCAAAGGCAUCAACCCAACCAGAGACAACGUCUACGAAAUCAAAGGCAUCAACCCCACCAGAGACAACGUCUACGAAAUCAAAGGCAUCAACCCAACCAGAGACAACGUCUACGAAAUCAAAGGCAUCAACCCAACCAGAGACAACGUCUACGAAAUCAAAGGCAUCAACCCAACCAGAGACAACGUCUACGAAAUCAAAGGCAUCAACCCCACCAGAGACAACGUCGACGAAAUCAAAGGCAUCAACCCCACCAGAGACAACGUCGACGAAAUCAAAGGCAUCAACCCCAGACGAGACACAGGACGAUGGGAUCGCAACAUCGAGUAAAAGCGCUGACCCACCACCGAAGAAGAAAGAUACAAACUCAUCUGAUGGUAGUGUCGACAACGAUGAUAAUCCUUUCAAGUGUGACAGGUGUGGUAAAGUGAUGAGUAAUUUCAAAAACUACAAAUUCCACAUGAAAUCACACACAGUGGAGAAGACGUACAAAUGCGACAUUUGUGGGAAAAUGUUCAGGGAGAGUUGGGAUUUAAAUAAACACACAGUGAUCCACACUGUUGAUAAGCCUUUCAAUUGCGACGUCUGUGGAAAAGGAUUCAACCGGCAAUACAACCUCGACCUGCAUGUUCGGGUACACACCGGGGAAAAGCCGUACAACUGCAAUGUCUGCGAUAGAAACUUCACCUCGGGCGUGAAUUUGAAGAAACACAUCAGGAUUCACACCGGUGAGAAGCCGUACUGCUGCAACGACUGCGGAAAGAGGUUCGCAAGCGUUUCGUCCUUCAAGAACCACCUGCGCGUGCACACGGGAGAGAAGCCCUUCAAGUGCUCCGUUUGCAAGAACGAGUUCGCUACAAGGACCACUUUGACAAGGCACAUCAGGAUUCACACAGGGGAAAAGCCGUACAAGUGCAGUGUGUGUGACAAGGCGUUUGGUCUUAAAACGGACGCGAAAGUACACAUGAAAACGCACACUGGGGAGAAGCGUUACAAAUGCAAGACUUGUGGAGAACAAUUCACCACAUGGAUAAAACACAGCAGACACAGAGACUUCCACAGAAGUGAGGAACAAAGCUCCUCAUGCACUUAAGUAUAAAGUCGAUAAUAUCGGCCAAUAUUAGCCUAUCAAAGGACUAUCUGUAUCGGCUAAUUUUAUCGCAGAUAUGCGCUGAUAUUUGUAAAUGUAUUAAUCCAGUCAAAUAGCAUUUUAGUUGAAUGUCGUUGUAUUAAACUAGAAUUUCUCUUUCUGGCUGUCACCAGAAAAGUGUACUCUAUGGAUACAACAUUAUCACUCUCCAGAGUGUCAAGUGGUGAUGCAAGUACAUGCACAGUUACUUUCAAGUUGUGUUUGAUAACUGCAUUUGAGGGAUCAACAUGUUAAUGUGUAUAUCUAUCUCUAUGGAUUGAAGAUAGAUCUAAGAAAGAUAUCGGCCAAUGUAUUGGUAUUGGAUGAUUUUCUCCCUAAUUUUGGCCCCAAAAACUCCAUAUUGGUCGGGCCCUAUUAAAAAUCAAGCAAUAACGUUAACCUGUUCUGAUACCACGGCAAUAAAAAUACAAUUCUCGUAAGUCCUCCUCGCUACUCCUAAAGGUUUAGGGCUGAGAAGCUCUGUGAAUAACUUUCAUUUUUUUUACUAGGAUCAAGUAUUAUCUUAAAGGGGACAUUUUAAGAAAAUGUCUGUUGAUUGUAUUGGACACAGCACAUAAUGAAAUGUAUUUAAGUGUCUUCUGAUUAGUAUUAUUGAUAAACUUUUAGGUUCAUGGGUGGGUGUACAUUGUUUGUUUUACAAAAUCAAGUAAUGACCUUGAUCGUGGGCUUUCAUGUUUUUCACUUCCCUGGAUUAAGGCAAAUUGCCUAUAGGCAGAUAUAAUUGAGUUUCCUGUUUUUUUAAAGUCUUAACACGACCUUAUCUGAGGCUCUUGAAUGCAGUACCGUAUAUUACAAUAGUACCUUCAUGAUUAAGGGUUUUAGACAAAAAGUUGACGUUGAUGAAUGUAUUUCUCUUUUAGUGUCUUAAACGGUUCGAUGAAAAGCAUGUUAAAAAUUGCAAAACAGUUAGCUCUGUCUUCUUGUUGUCUCUUUGGGCAAUCUUUUUAAUGGCAUUGUCUUGGAUUUUAAUUUGUGCUGCAAGUUAUAAGUCAGUGAAAAGGUUUUUUAAAGAGAUUCGUCAAAAGCUUUAUUUCUGGACAAGUAUGGUUCUGAUUUAUUUUUUAGAAAAAUCUACAUGGUAAGAAAAACUCUGAUACAGGGUAUCUACUUGAACCCUAUCCGUUAUCUCCACAUUUUACUGAUUAUUUUAGAUACACAGACGUGCUGACAUAACUAAAAUUAUUUUUGUAUUUUAUUGAGCUUAAUUAGUCUAAAGAGGAAAGGAGUGCCUUUUGUGUCUAAAUACCUGAAGGUGUGAUUUAUGGGUAUGAAUUUUGCUUUUUAAAGUGCUACUGUCUGAAGUAGUUUUUCUUUAACGCACUCUCAUUGAAUGUAUUGAAGUUGUAUUUUAACAAUCUUAAAUCAAUCUUUAUUGAUUUUUUUUCUUUAAAUGGAGUGGUUUUAACAUUGAUGCUUGUCAAUAUCUUCCUUAUUCAUUAAAAACAGCUUUAGUUUACAUUUUGAAACUGUUAAUCAUAUCAGUGGACUUCUGUUCAGUUUACGCAAUUUCACUCUGGGAUUAAUAAAGUAUUUCUGAUUCUGAUAA